CUCGCGACCACGCCAAUCCUCGAUUUCCUCCCGGAUCAACCUCCUCCAACUCACAAUCGCCUCGGUGCCCACGCCCACGCCUGCAACCUCGCUCUCCUCCCCUUGAGCCCUGCCUCUGCGACCCGCGUUCAUGUCGUAGCUUCGCCCCGUCCUCCUCGCCUCUCCCUCUGCCACCUGCUUGCUCUCUUCCGGCCCUCGCACCAGCUUCUCCCGCCUCGCUCGCCAUGGACGACCUCUCGCGGACUGAAUACCCGGCCAUGCUGGCCAACCUCCAGCCCGGCCAAGCUGUCAACGCCCUCAACGACCGUGUCAAGCGCAUCGCAAAGGUCAACACCGAGAUCGCCGACUGGCUACAGGAACGUCGCAAGGUCGAUGAGCAGUAUGCGCAAAGCCUGCGCAAGCUCACUCAGUUCCGUGUCCCCAAUGCCCAAUCCGAGCUUGGCACCUUUCAGCCGCAAUGGGACAAGAUCCUCGCCGCCACAGACUCUCUCGCCAGCUCUCACUCCGCCUUUGCCGCCAAGAUCGACAAGGACGUCGAGACUCCCCUCCGGAAUUUCCAGCAGAAGAAGGAGAUGGCGAGCAUGCAGACAAUCCAGGGAAACCUGACAAACAUGGCCAAGGAGCUCGAAGACGCGCAGCAUGCCUCGGACAAACUCUCCAAGAAGGGCGGGAAGGCCAGCGCGGCCAAGAUGGACAUGGCGGCGGCAAAGCUCGAGUCCGCCACCGGUCAAUGGGAAUCCCAAGCCCCGUUCAUCUUUGAAACACUGCAGGCUCUCGACGAGUCGCGCAUGAACCACCUUCGGGAUGCUCUCACGCAAUACGGCACUUUCGAGGGCGAGCGCGCACAGCGCCACCAAGCCGAUGCCGAGCUCAUUCUCAACAGCCUCCUCGACUACAGCACUGCUACAGAGAUCUCUCACUUUGCAUCAAGGACAACGGCCGGGAAACCCAAGCUGGAGAAGCGCGCCACGUCGCUCCGUCAAAACUCGACUGCAGGAACGACCACAUCGACCACUGCGCCGUCCACGACUGCUCCCAACAACUCACUCGCACCGUCCACGACGACUCCCAGUAUUGCUCCCCCCGCCCCUACGCCGCCUGCCGCUUCUAUGGAGGACGAUCGUAGCGAACACUCGAUCCCUCGUGAGGCGCCUCCAGAGAACAAGCUCCGCAGUCGCAUCGGCACUAUGUUGGGCCGUCGACGGCAGAGUAUCCACGGCGGCUUUGGGCAAUUGUCCCCAUCCAAAGGCCCAUUUGGCAGAGCUUCGAAGAGCAGUCAUGGGCCGAGUGUGUCCCCGAGAACCUCUUCGAACAACCUUGGUGGGUCAGAUCGGCUUGGAUCAUUAGCAGAGUCUGAAGACCAAGAUGAGCUGCGGCAAUCGGAAGCCAGGGACAAGUCAUCACGACCUACGACGAACGGCACAGGAGCUGGAGAGACUGGUCCUGGCCCACAGACAAAUGGCAAGCCGGCGCCCGCAGAUCUGCUCGAUGUGCCGCCUCCAGCGGGUCCCCCUCCAUCGCAGAGGCAGCCAGAGAAGGACGCUGAAGGUUUCACCGUGCCGGCUGCCGCCAAUGAUCCUAUUUCUGCAGCUGAGAAGGAAGCUGCUGGGGAGGAAGCGGACCAGCUUUUCAAGCUUAACAUCCAGAAUGAGCCAGUCGCCGACGAAGAUCCAGAGGCCAAGAAAGCUGCACUGUCCAACGUCGCCAACAGCCUGGCUAUGGGUAUGCCGACCCGGAAAACAGGCACUAUCCGUGGUCGCCGUGACGUGCGCAACACCAUUUACGUGCCUGCCCCGAUUUCGCAAGGAUCCUCGACAUCAGUCCCGUUCCCGCCUUCGCCUAACUUCACAACUCAGAACUCACGAUCAACCGGUCUUACUGCGCUGACCUCCGAACCAUCCGUGGCCGGCACCUCAGACACUCAGUCUAUCCGUUCUGCCACCUCACUUGGCGGCAUCAUCCACGCUAAGCAUCCGGAUCUGCACGAGCCGGGUCUGAACUCGUCCAUAAUCGAGACAGUAUCCGCCAGCUUCGAAGAUGGCCAAGUAAAAUCGGUCAAAGUAAAUGGCGAGAUCGCUUUUGCGUACAACGCGUCUGACUCAAGUGUACCGAUGCAAAUCCCUAUCCGCAUCAACAACUUCUCUGCUCUCGAGGUCAUCGGGCCGAACCGCAUCUUCGUCACCAACGACACUCCUGAUCAGGCAGAACGCUUCAUCCUAGAUCCUUCGCAUCUGCAGAAGACUUCGAUUGGCUUCUCGUACCGUCUCCACGUCGACAUGGAGACGCCUGCUACCGAACACGUGCCGAUAAUACUGAACCCGGUCUGGAAGCCUCAGGGUGACAAGCUAGGCUUGUUGUUGCAAUACAAGCUGAAUCCGACAUUUAAAUUUGCAAUUGGCGCUUCGUCAGUGCUGAUCCAUAACCUCGUCUUCUUCACCACGUACGAAGGUGUAGCCACUGGUGCUCAGACCAAGCCACCUGGAACGCACCUGAAGGACAAGCAUCUCGUCUACUGGCGGUUGGGGGAUGUUACACUCACGGCAGGAGGUGAAUGGCAAAAGAUUGUGUGCCGCAUAAUAGGUGCACCCGGCCAGGAACCUAAGCCAGGCUCGGUAGAGGCACGCUGGGAGGUCAGUCCGGGUACGAUCAGUGGCGGCGAGCCGAGCAUCAUAUCUGUCUCGCGGCUCGAAGAGAGCAAGGGCAAGGAGGCAGAGGUCAUUGACGAGGAUGACCCUUUUGCGGACGUCCAGUCCGAAGGGAAAUGGCUGGACAUCCCAGCAACCCGCAAGGUCGUCAGUGGCAAGUACGAGGGCACGCAGACUGCGUCCUAGUACUGGAGCAAAAGCUCAUACAAAGAUAUCACGAUGGGCGAUUCGCGACAGCAGCUUGCGCCGCUGCAGCCCACCCUAUUUGCCCCAUCCGGGGGAAAACCAUUCGCUUUGAUUCCAUUUCCUUUCAUAUUGUCCAGCAGUACCAUUGCAUCUAGAGGGUGUUCGAGUCCUCCGUGUAUAUGCCCGAACGGCCCCGAUUUCAUUAGCCAGGCCCGGGCUUGUCGUACAUAUCUCUCUCUAUAUAUAAUGAUUCAAGGCUAUAUCAGUUGUGCAAAAACCUCGAAGUCGAUGACGUGGAAUUGUUGUCUGGUUAUGCCCUGGUUUCACAUGGCGGUGGC